AUGGCGGAUUCAAUGGUAGCGAGCUUCUGGGGGCCUGUUACAUCAACGGCUGAGUUGUGCGAGGAGAAUUAUGCACACUCAUCAUAUAUCGCAGAAUUCUACAAUACCAUCUCUAAUGUCCCAUGCGUUCUUUUGGUGCUUAUUGGAUUAGUGAACGCUUUCCGCCAAGGUUUUGAGAAACGGUUCAGUGUCCUUCACAUAUCCAAUAUGAUACUUGCUAUUGGGAGUAUGAUUUUCCAUGCCACCUUGCAACUUCUUCUACAACAGAGUGAUGAGACUCCGAUGGUUUGGGAGAUCCUUCUUUAUAUGUAUGUCCUUUAUUCACCGGACUGGCAUUACAGGAGCACGAUGCCAACUUUCCUUUUCCUAUAUGGUGCUGCCUUUGCUGUAGUUCAUUUCUUUGCCCGGUUCCAAGUUGUAUUCAAGCUGCAUUACAUUGGCCUCUGCUUCCUCUGCAUCCCCCGGAUGUACAAGUACUACAUACAGACGAAAGACGUGGCUGCGAAGCGGCUUGCAAAGCUGUGGGUUCUUACAUUAACCCUUGGGACUCUCUGCUGGCUAGUUGAUCGCAUCUUCUGUAAGAAGCUUUCGCAUUGGUACGUCAACCCGCAGGGGCACGCAUGGUGGCAUGUGCUUAUGGGCCUCAACUCAUACUAUGCCAACACAUUCCUAAUGUUUUGUCGAGCUCAGCAACGUGGGUGGGAGCCGCGGAUAACACACCUUCUUGGAUUCUUGCCUUAUGUCAAGGUCCAGAAACCAGAAAAGAGGGAAUGA